GUUUAAGCAAAUAUACUUUUGGAACGUCACAAAGAAAGUACAUGUUCGCGAUCAUGUGGACGUUUUUUUUAGUUUGAUUUCCGCUUUAUAUAAUCUUGGAUUUGUUAGAAUGGGACAGUGGUUUAGAAAAGCUCCACCUCCCGAGGAAUCAAAGAGCGCCACUGACAUAGCUGAACCAGCUGGAAAGACAACAGACGAGCCCACACUUAGCGCUCCGAGUUUAUCAGUCAAAGAGAAGGACGAAGAGCCUCAACGCCAGGGUCAGUCAGAUAGUGCAGUUCCUGAUCUACAAACACAUACUCAAGUCAUGGAACAGCAAGAAGCUGAACAGCCAAAGGUAGAAGGAGAUGCUAAUAGAUCAGACACACCCAUUGCUGUAGAGGCGGUAGAAAUUGCCCUUGACUCGGCAACGAGUGAAAAUGAGCCUAAAGUUGUCUUAUCAGAAGUUAUACAAACUGCUAAUGACGAAACGGAAACGCACACAGAAAAGGUAACGGAAGCACAAGUCAGUGAGACUGAACAGAAAGAGGAACCAACUGCCGAAACUGCAGCAGAUGACCAACAGUUGACACAAGAAACUGUUGAAGCUGCCGAGAAAGAAACUGCUGAUCAAACACAAAUUGUUGAUGAAAGUGACACCCAAACUGCUCAAAACAUAUCAGAAGAACAGUGCGUAUCUGAAAUUCCAUCGACACAGUUACAUGCAACAACUGAGUCUGCCGAAGAAAGCAAACAAGUAGAGUCUGCUGCACCAGACGAAUCACCACAACAGGAACAAGAGAAUCAAGAAAGUGCAGAAUCUGAAGAAUCUCGGCAUGCGGAACAAGUACCGGAAGUCAUAGUACAGCCUGUAGAACAAUCAGUUAAAGAACCAGAAGAAACAGAACAGCCAGCUGACGAAUCAGAGCAACCACCAGAAACGGAAGAACGGCCAGCAGUAGAAGCAACACAACCAGAGAGCACAGAGCAGCCAACGGAAGAACAAGCACAACCAUUAGAAACCACAGACCAAACAGAAGAAUCAGUACAACAAGCAGAAACUACAGAACAACCAGCUGAAGAACCAGCACAGCAGCCGGAAGCUGCAGAACAGCCAGCAGAAGAACUAGCACAGCAGCCAGAAGCUGCGGAACAGCCGACAGAAGAACAAGCACAGCAACAUGAAGCUGCGGAACAGCCAGCAGAAGUUGCUGAACAGCCAGCAGAAGAACCAGCACAGCAACCAGAAGCUGCUGAAAAGCCAGCAGAAGAACCAGCACAGCAACCAGAAGCUGCUGAACAGCCAGCAGAAGCAUCAGCACAGCAGUCAGAAGCUGCAGAGCAGCCAGCAGAAGAACCAGUGCAGCAACCAGAAGCUGCAGAACAGCAAGCAGAGGAACCAGCACAGCAACCAGAAGCUGCAGAGCAACCAGCAGAAGAACCAGCACAGCAACCAGAAGCUGCAGAACAACCAGCACAACAACCAGAAGCUGCAGAACAACCAGCAGAAGAAUCAGCACCUCAACCAGAUGCAGCGGAACAGCCAGACGAAUCAGGAAAGCAACCAGAAGAAGCUGCAGAACAACCAGCAGAAGAAUCAGAACAACAGGCAACUACAGAACCACAUGCAGAAGACGCACAACCUGAUGUUUCUGAACAGCCGACAGAAGAAUUAGCACAACCGGAAAUCGCUGAACAGCAGACAGAAGACUCUGCAGAAAAAGAAGAAGCUGUAGAACAACACGCAGAGGAAUCAGCACAACAAGAAACUGAAGAACAACCCGCAGAAGAAUCAGCACAAUCAGAAACUGCAGAGCCGCCCACAGAAGAAUCAGCACAACCAGAAACUGCAGAGCAACCCGCAGAAGAAUCAUCUCAGCCAGAAACUGUAGAACAGCCCACAGAAGAACCGGCACAAGUGACAGAAAGUAUAGAAAAGCCAGCAGAAGAAUCUACAUACAGGCCAUUAACUGCAAACAAAUCAGCGCAACACCCUGAAAUUGCUGAACAGCCAGCAGAAGAAUCAACACAGCAACCAGAAAAGACAGAAGAGCCAACAGAAGAAUCAGCAUCGAAACCAGAGAGUGGUGAACAGUCAGUAGAAGAAACAGCACAAGGAGAGCAACAAUCCGUAUCUACUGAACAGCCAGCAGAAGCAGAACAACCGUCAGAAACUGCAGAUCAGACGGCUGAAGAAUCAUCAAAUGUAGAGCAACAAUCAGAAACAACAAAGGCAGACACCGAGGGCUCUCAAGAAACUGAAGAGGCCCCGACUGAAACCGAUGCGGCCCAAGCAGAAACAGAGAAACAGGAGGCAGAGACCGAACCAGCGUCUGUUACAGGAACGGAGACUGGUCCAGAUUCCUCUCAGCAGACUACAGAACCUAAUGCAGAGACAGCUGAAAAUAGUGAGCCAAGUGAUAACCAACAGAUAGCCGAUCAACAACAGAAAGAAUCAGUAGAGGCAGAUGCACAGCAACAGGAACUAAAUGCAGAGACAGAACAAAAAGGCGCUGCCGCGGAGUAAAUUCUAUAUGAAUAUAUUUAAAUUUUUAUGAUACUGUAAAACUUAUUUUAAUGUAGGACAUUUAAUGAUGGACGCUAGGGGAUUUGUUUAGAAUUAUAAAUGGAAUUGGAGGAGAUUUUCUUUUUUGAACUCCAUUUGAAUUCAUGGCAACCGUUUAAGUAUUAGUUUUAUAGGCCGUUUUUAUAUCGUUAAUAAGCAUAAUUUUUCUAUGCACUUGUAUACUUGCACAUGUUUUGUUCGUUAUUUGUAUAAGCAAUGCUUAAAACAUACCAGUUUUCCAAAUUUCGUUUUGAUAUGUGAAGUAUUCUUACUAUUCCUAAAUAGAAUAUGAAUCAUAUGUAAAUGAAUAAGACAUAUAAUGUAUUUAUAUUCUUUAAAACUGUAACAUUCAAUAAACUGUGAUAAAAUUUA